CUUUUGAAUGUCAGCCGCUGACGCCGUUAAUAUUUGUCGACACAGAGCUUUGAGAAUCAACGCCAUUUUACGGUAAAAAUAAAAUAGACAUUCGUGAAAUAAAAUUUUUGCGCGACGGAUCAAUUUGUGUCCUUUUCAUCCCCUUGACAUCUUGUGUGUGUACAACAGUAACAGAAGUAGAAAAAGAGUCCAAUAAAGAAAGGAAAAAUAUAGAUAAACGAAGAACAAAGUAUUUGAGUGUAUAAGAAAAACAAUCGUGAUACGAACAUUUUUUUAUACAAUACAAAUUUAUAUUUGCAAAGAAAAACUACAGAAAUCGAAUUAGAAAAUGGUGAAAGAAACCGCAUAUUAUGAUAUUUUGGGUGUUAAACCCAAUGCCACACCCGAUGAAUUGAAAAAAGCCUACAGAAAGUUGGCCCUUAAAUAUCAUCCAGACAAAAACCCCAACGAGGGUGAAAAAUUCAAAGCCAUCUCUCAGGCAUACGAAGUACUCGCCGAUCCCGACAAACGUUCCAUCUAUGACGAGGGUGGCGAAGCUGCCAUAAAGAAGGGUGGCGCAGAUGGCGGCGAUUUCCGUAAUCCCAUGGACUUCUUUGAGAGAUUCUUUGGCGGCGGUUUCACUACAAACAGACGUCGUGAGCGUCGUGGCAAAGAUGUUGUUCACCAGUUGUCCGUGCAGCUUGAAGAGUUGUACAAUGGUGCUACCCGCAAAUUGGCUCUGCAGAAGAAUGUCAUCUGUGACAAGUGUGAGGGUCGUGGUGGCAAGAAGGGAGCUAUUGAGAAGUGUAUGCAAUGUCGCGGUGCCGGUUUGGAAACUCGCAUCCAACAGAUCGGUACCGGCUUGAUCCAGCAUGUCGAACAGGUGUGUCGCAAGUGUGCCGGUACUGGUGAAAUGAUCUCCGAAAAAGAUCGUUGCAAACAGUGCGUUGGCCGUAAAACAGUGCGAGAACGUAAAGUUUUGGAAGUUCAUAUUGACAAGGGUAUGCGUGACGGACAGAAGAUUGUAUUUAGCGGUGAAGGUGAUCAUGAACCCGAUUCACAGCCUGGCGACAUCAUUAUUCUGUUAGACGAAAAAGAACAUCACACAUUCGUACAUGCUGGCACAGAUUUGAUGAUGAAAAUGCCAAUUCAGUUGGUCGAAGCAUUGUGUGGUUUCCAACGUGUUAUCAAAACAUUAGACGAUCGUGAUAUUGUGAUCACAUCGGCGCCCGGUGAAGUCAUUAAGCAUGAAAUGACCAAGUGUAUAAUGGAUGAGGGCAUGCCGCUAUAUAAAAAUCCAUUAGAGAAGGGUCGUCUUAUCAUACAGUUUGAAGUUAUUUUCCCCGAUACAAUUCCAGUCUCCGUUAUACCCCAACUGGAACAGUGCUUACCACCUAGACCAGAAGUAACCAUUCCAAUUGAUGCCGAACAAGUCAAUUUGGUUGAAUUCGAUCCUAAACAGCGCAGAGAUCAACAACAUCAUCGCAUGGCAUACGACGAAGAUGACCGUUAUGACGAAGGACCCAGAGUGCAACAAUGUACCACAAAUUAAGCUUGUAAAUAGGCAAAGAAAAAAUAACACACAACCACAAAACACAUGCGAUUGAAUAACUUACUAAAAGCAAAAGUAUAUCCACGCAAAAGCAAAGCAGCAACAACAACUACUGUAAACUUUACUACUAACUCUCACAAUUCCUUUAAAAAUAAAAUAAAAAAACAUAUAGAAACAUACCAUACUCUCCAAAACUACAAACGCAUCUGGAAGAUAAAAUACAUACUAUAUACAAAAAACAUAAAAAAGAAAGAUUAUUAUUACAAAGAAUAUAAAUAACUGUUAAUUUAAACGCAAGGAGCCAACAAACAUAGGCACAUUCACAUUAGAUAUUUAACAUCUUAGCUAAACUACAACAAAAAAGUAAAACACAAAUAAAAAACAAAUAACUCAAUAUUUAAUUGGAAAUCAACAACACAUGUUGUAUUUAUUGUGUGUUUGUAGAUCCUAAAAAAUCUUACUAACAUUGUCCCUCCUCACUUUGCACUUUUUUCAAACAUAUUGUUGUAACAAAUUUCGUUGACCAACUGCAGCAGUUGCAGGCAACAUAUAAUAACGAAUUUAAAUUUAUAUUGAGUUAUUUUACACGAGUGUAUUUGAAUACAAGAAAAUUUAAUUUCGUCUAUUUUUUUAUUAUUAUGAUGCUUACUUAUUAAUGUAUAUAUUUCGUAAAUAUGAUACAACAAAUAUUUAUUUUUGCUUUACGUUUUCUUGCUAAAUAAAAUCUUUGAAGUUGCAUUCUUCCUUGUGGGG